AUGCUUCACUACCUGGGCCCCGAUUGCUUGAAAAUCUACAAUUCUUUUAACGAAAACUUGGAUUCUGUGAAAUACGACGAGCUAGAAACGAGGUUUGAUGCACAUUUUACACCUACCGCUAAUAUUUCAUUUGAGAGGCAUAUAUUUAUAACACGAAAGCAAGGUAGCAAUGAAUCCCUUGAGGAUUAUGUCACAGCAUUAACAAAUCUUAGCCUGUCCUGCGACUUGGGAGCACUACGUGAAAGCUUGAUUAAAGACAUUUUUACCUGUGGUUUAAACGAAUCCAAUCACUACAUCAAGGAAAAAUUAAUUGGAGCAGGUCCAAUCGAAUUAAAUAAAGCAGUCGAACUAGCGAAGACCGCAUCCCUUACAAAAGCGCAGAUGUCUCAGUUAAGUUCAGCAGCAUCGUUCGUAGGUGCAAUAAAUAAUCAAUUUCAAAGAAGAAAGCGUGUCAAUCAAAGCCACACGAAGAGAAGAAAAUCUGUCAGUCCGAGUACAUCGCCUAAGAAUAAUUAUGGAUCGCCGUCAAGCAACGAUAGUGCAUCAACUCAAAUUUGCAAUUACUGCCACAGAAGAGGACAUUUCGUGCAAUGCUGUUUUAAGAAAAAAUCAAGAACUGUUCAUCAGCUGUCUACAACCGAAGAUUUAUUUUUAGGGAUGGUCGAGUGUGAAAAUGUUCCCAGUUCUGAUGUCAAAUCCUUAUCAUGGGAAUCUGCCGUACACAUUAACAACAAAGAAGUCAUUUGCCAAUUGGACACCGGAGCUCAAACGAACAUAAUCAGUUUGUCUAAGUUCACAACUUUGGGCUUACCGAACUCAAAUAUCACACCUUGUUCGUCAAGGUUAAUUUGA